UAGAUAUAAUGCACACUAAACCAUGGGACAAUUCUAAAGAACAUGAUUUUUUUUUCAUUCGUUUUCUUUCUGUUUUACUAAAGAAUCAUAAAGUUUUAAAAAAUAAUUUUUUAAUUGAUUCAAUAAUUACACAACAAUCAUUAAAUACUAUAACCACUUUUUUAAAAGAAAAAGUGGAUCUAAUCGAUUAUAGAUGCCCACAUUGUAAAUAUAAUCAUUAUAAUUUGAAUGAGAUGUGGCAAAGGUGGAAUGAAGAAUAUGAAACUAUAACUAAGGUAGACAAUAAACUUAGUUUCUGGGAUUAUUUAAGUAGAAAGUUACACGAUACAAUUAAGCACACAAUGGUUGACAAAUUUAUUGACCUUGGAUUUAAAUACGAAUCGUCGACCCAAAAGAUUGUUGUACCCAUACAAUUAAAUUCUGAUAUUCAACCAAAUUAUACAUGUACCAAAGAGAUGAUUGAACUAGUGCAAAAUGAUUCUAAUGAGUAUACUAAAUUAAGUAAGCUGUUUUAUGAAUAUUAAGAGUGAA